GUACCUCCAGACGUUUCCCUCUCUCUCUGUCACUCUUCCAGCGCGGAUGUACCGACUGCAUUGGACUCAUUCUGUGUGAUGGAUGGAAUUAAAGGCUCCACCGAUUGGAAAACGGUCACUCUGCAGUAAUCUCUGCCAUCUGGAAUAUUGCACCUGGGAGAUAUAUUUCUAUAUAUUUCUAUCCGUUUAGCGCAAUUUAAAGACAUACAAAAAAAAGUGUUCUCCAUUCAGCAGCAGCAUUCUGCCCGUCAUGAAGAGGUCUCUUCCUUUCCCGGGCUGGGUCGGAGCGGCGAGCUUGUUCCUGUGUUUGACCCAGACCGUCCUGGCCAUGGUCCUCACCAACUCCACGAAGCUAGAGUCCAUCCUGGACAAGUACAGGGACAGGGACGAGGGGUGGUGGAGGGCCAGGUCGAGGGGGAGGAGGGCCAUCAGCGAGGGGGACAUGCACCUCAUCCUGGACUUGCACAACAAGCUGCGGGGCCAGGUCCACCCGCCCGCCUCCAACAUGGAGUACAUGGUAUGGGAUUACGAGCUUGAGAGGAGCGCGGAGCACUGGGCACAUACCUGCCGAUGGGAACAUGGACCGAGCCACAUGUUGACACAAAUAGGCCAAAACCUUGGAGCGCACUGGGGCAGGGACCGCCCCCCUACCUUCCAUGUCCAGGCCUGGUAUGAUGAGGUGAGGCACUACAGCUACCCCUACUCCCAGGAAUGCAACCCACACUGCCCACUCAGAUGUUCAGGACCUGUUUGCACUCAUUACACUCAGUUGGUGUGGGCGACUAGCAAUCGCAUUGGCUGUGCCAUCAACGUGUGUUACAACAUGAACGUGUGGGGGAUGAUCUGGACUAAAGCUGUCUACCUGGUCUGCAACUACUCUCCACCGGGCAACUGGUGGGGUCAUGCUCCAUACAAAUACGGAACUCCCUGUUCUGCCUGUCCAGCUAGCUAUGCUGGAGGCUGCAGGGACAAUCUCUGUUACAAAGAUGGCGGCGUUGACAGGCGUCCAGCUCCUGAGAUUGAGGAGACCAACUACAUUGAACCGGAACUGGAACCAGUGAGGGACAGGGAGCCCCAACCCAGGUCCCAGACGCCAAACCCCUCGCCCAAUGACAACCCAGAGAGAAACCAGGUUGUCAGCACAGAGCAGAUGUGUCAACAGGUCGACUGUGAGACCAAGCUGAGAGAUCAGUGCAAGGGGACAACCUGUAACAGAUAUGAGUGUCCUCCAGGCUGCCUCGACAGUCCUGGAAAAGUCGUUGGGGCUGGAUAUUAUGACAUGCAAUCCAGCGUGUGUGGAGCUGGGUUACACUCUGGUGUUAUUGACAAUGAUGGAGGAUGGCUGGAUGUGACCAGACUGGGCCGAAAGCAACAAUUCCCUAAGUCAUACAAGAAUGGUAUUCAAUCAAUUGGGAAAAACAGAAGCGCAAAUUCCUUCAAAAUAGAGUCGGUGCCUGUCAAGGCACUAUCAUGCGACACCACCGUUGCACUUUUCUGCCCUUUCAAGAAACCCGUACGACACUGUCCCAGGUCUUAUUGUCCCAGGAACUGUCUGCGUGACAGUGGAGCCCGAGUCAUUGGGACAAAAUACUACUCAGAUAAAUCCAGUAUCUGCCGAGCAGCUGUUCAUGCUGGAGUGAUCCAGAAUGAGUCAGGAGGGUACCUCGAUGUGAUGCCUGUGGAUAAAAGGAAGCAGUACAGUGGCAGCUACCAGAAUGGCAUCACCUCAGAGAGCCUACUGAACCCGACAGGUGGAAAAGCCUUCAGAGUGUUCGCAGUCAUCUGAAAAGACACUCUCAAAGGACAGAGUGCCAUCCAACAUGGCCACUUCACAUCCAGCAAACCCACUCAUCAUCUUGCAACCUGUAAUUAGUCAUUCUUAGGUUAAAUAAUUUGGCGUCUGAUACUUAAAGUGUAACAUUGCUUUAAGGUUUCCCUAUGUCUGGUCAUGAGCGAACCUGUGUCAAAUUACAUUUCAGCAAAGGCUGUUUGGUGAACGAUGAUUCGGGAUGUCUUUUGCAUUACGUCUCUCCUACAUUUCAAGUGCUCACAGUAAUAACCACAUCGGGCUGCCAUGCAUCUUUCUGACAUGGUAUCAUGACUUCAUGUUUUUUUUAUCACUUAAAACAGAAUAUACACCACCAGACGUAGCGCCGCUCUAAAUGCCCACCACAAUUUCAGAACGUGAAGGUCAAAAUAUAACCUCAGAGAUUUGAUGUAUGUCUAAGCUAAAUGUAGACACACAGCAGCUACAUGAUGGGGCAGUCCGAUACAGAGUCAUAAAAUCUGUUCUGGCGUCUUGUGGGAACAAGAUUAGACGGUUAUUUAGUCAAACCAUCAGGGCUGAAAUGAAUUCCUUGGGUAUUUUGUGCCCAUCACACUAGCACAAAACACCGUCUUGUAUAUGCUAUGGAGGACCAAACUGGAGAGAUUAUUAAUUAAAAUGUUUUUUUUUCUUCUUUUCUUUGUAUGAGCAGGAUGUAUCUGUCCAUCAGCAUCAUUUAUUGUCCUGCUUGACAUCUGUUUACACAUCAAAUCACUAUAUUGAUGUUAGAUUGGGCAGUUUUCCAUUUCAUUGGUACCGGAUCAUCCGAGACAGUUUUUAAAACUAUGAUUUCUGUAACAUUUAGCAACGAUAAUAACCACCACUGCAAUUAACAUUUAUUGGCAUGAAUUGUAUUGUACUUCUACUGUAGAAAAUAUUUUAAUCUCAAAUAUUAUUGCAGAAGUUGCAAUUGGAUGAUUCUUUCUAUGUCCACUGACAACAUGUUUGAAAGUUCAACUCUUAACAUUUAUUUUUUUAGAUUAUCCAUGCAUAGUAACUACAUUAAAUGUUAAAUAUAUAGUAAAUAAACACUGCCUAUGGGGCGGUUAUGGUUAAGCAACUCAAAGGCUGGCGAGAGAGAACGUUUUCUUCAGCUAACAUUAACUCAUUGAUGUUGUUCUGGAAGGGAAGCGAACUCCGGUCUCCGGUAGUCCGGCGCCACACAUACCCAUCAAUCACGCCACGUCAACAAACUUUGCUGGUAAGCCUGUUUACCUGAGCGGUCUCGCAGCAUCAUGUGUGUUGGGAACGAUCCAUGUGGCUUUAUUUCAAAUGUUGCAUAUUGAAGAUUUUAUUCAUCAUAUCAUAAUUAGGUUCAGCUAUUAAAUCUGGCCAUGCACACAAGGAGAGGGAUUUUUCAAAUGUAUUGAAUUCAUUUUAAGUCUGGUUUUGGCCUCCACAUAUCACUUUUUGUCACAGUGGUUAUAUACUAUACCAAAAAUGCAGGCAGUAAGAUACAGAUUGUAUAUUAAUGUACAUAAUGUUGUAAAUAGUAUUGAACACUUUGCUAUGUAAUGCUUGCUACUGUUGCCUUUUUCCUUAACAUUUCUAAUACAUUGCCAGCCAUACAAAGAGCAAUACAAGCAAUAAGCAGUAGAUGCUGAAAACAGAUUCUGCAUGCAAAUCAUAUAUUUGUCACUCAAGCUGUUAUUUUUUAUAAAGGACAAUCAUUAUAUUCAUAUGUUUGUAAAUAUUGUGUAUGUAACAUAUUGUUUUAUUUUAUGCUGCAUUUCCCAGCUUUUGUUAAU